CCAAUAAUGGUCGACGGGACGUGGUAAACAGAGCAUUACGGGCCGCUAGGGGAAGGAGUUGUUGUCACUGUGUGCAAGUGCUCGCUUACCUACGCCCUUGAUUCCGCCAUCGCCCUCUCACUUCAUCCCAAUCUCCCGGCUGAGAAGGACGUACACGCCAUACAGACAUGGACGGAGGACGCAUCGUGUUCCUGGCUGUCGCCGUUGCAGUCUUCGGCUCCCUGACGUCCGCUCAGGAUACAUGCGCCAAGAAAACCUACACCAUUGCUGUCGGACACGACUUCGGAGCCCACGAAUACAUUGAUAACACGGGAUAUUUGGCUGGAUUCCAUCUGGAGUUGAUUGACGCAGUGUGUACCGAGGCCGGCAUGGACUGUCGUACAGUAUGGGAUAAGUACAGCAAUUGUUGGGCUGUCACCGCAGGACAACCAGCACACGGCGGCAUGGGUUUGUUUGGGAAGUGGUACGACGCCUGUACCGGUUGGUAUAAAACAGUAGGUCGUGUACAGGUGUUCAGUUUCGCCAGGCCCCACACCAAGGCCCCCCUGUCCGCUUUUUAUAUCAAAAAUGGAGGCACUUCGGUGACCGUGUCCACUCUUACUGGAAAAACUAUUGGUUUCGUGGAAGGCUGGGCUAGCGAUGAAGCCUGCGUUCGGAGACAGCAAGGCAGCAGCACCUCAUUUACCGCUAAGAACGUCCCCACUCCCACAGAUAUGGUGGCCCAGCUUAAAAGUGGCGCAAUCGACGCUGGGUUUGCGUCCGUCCACGACAUGGCCCCUUACGCCAGUGAGGUGACCAAAGUGACCGGCGGAGAAUUCAGCUGCAUGCUCAGCGGGAGUAGCAUGAUGACCCGAAAAGACAACGACUUCAUCUCCAAAUGGGAGGCCGGCCUGGACAAACUCAUCAGCAGUGGGAAAUUUAAGAAAAUCUGCGACGCAGCUUCGAUUCACAGCAGCCGAGGCAGCAUCGAUUGUGUAAAUGGAUAAAAGGAAUACGACCCCGUCAUGAAACACAAUCCAAAGUGAUAAAACGGACAAAAUACACGCUUUCUUCAGAUGUUUUGGGCAAAUUAUCCAAGAGACUCAGAAUGGAGUCUUCACUACAUAAAAUAUGAUGUACUGAAGAAGGAAUUCACACUAUGUAAAUAAGAUGUUUUUGCUGAUACCUAUUGAAACUGGAGCGUGUUGUAGAGUACCUUAGCUGCUUCCAUAAAGACCCUUUUAUCAUUUAUCAUUUAAAUAGCUGGAACUCUACUAAUGGAAGAGAAUAUUACCUUUGCCUAGUACUUUGUUUUUGCAACUAGAUCAGUGAUAAACAUACGGCUUCAUAUUCUAGAUAAUUGUAAAUUUUUCAUAUUUACGUCAGGAACUUGCCAUACAGAAAGCGGCCAUGCUACUUUACUGAUCACUGAUAUAUAAAGAAAAACAUUUUGAUUAAUGAUAUUAUUCCUUAUUACACUUUACUUCAAUGUAACCUGGACAGGAGAUAAUUUUGUAUAACAAAGUUCAAGUCGAUUAUUAAAAGUAUAUAAAUAAU